AUGUUGUCUGACACAGAUUCUGAGACUAGUAACGACUCACGCUCCUCUGGCUUUAAUGAUGGAGCCGACGCUAUCCUCUCGAUGAACACUGAAAGUGCAGGCAAGGAUGACCAUCACUCCGCGUCAAGAAUCUCAACUCCACAAAGUCACAAGGACUCCUGCCCUGGCCCUGGUCAGUCGCAUGGGCAAGGUGGUCCGGUGUAUUCCUGCGGGUGCUAUACCGUGGCAGAUUUGAAUCACUCAUAUUCUGGCCAAGUAACUCACAGACUGGCUAAAACAGAACAUCUAGCACCCCGAGGAUAUGACCAGAAGGACGUCGACCGCUGGAAAGCUCUGUUUGCUAACCUUGACUCAGACUCGGACUCGGAGGAUUUCGAGAUUUUGCUGAUGAGUCCGAGUCUAAAGCGAAAGAGGUCACAGGACAACUUGAAUGAUGGUCGGGACGUUACCAACGGGCAGAAAGAAACUCGUAAACCCAUCUCGGAUGAGCUCAGAAAGAGAUUCAAAAAACUAGCUAUUGAAGUUGCGGGUGUGCGAGAAGCCGUGAGUAGACUCGAGGCAGCCAUCGAUAGGCAAAGUGGAGUGAUGGCUGAGGUCCGCAACGCGGUUGAAAACAAUGGCAUGUAA